AUGCUGCUGGUGCCUCCACCACCGGAGCCUCUUCCGUCUGGGCCUCUACCGCUGCCGCUGGUGCCUCCGCAGCCCAAGCCACUACCACCUGGGCCUCUACUGGUGCUGCUGCUGCCUCCGCAACCCGAGCCUCUACCGCCUGGGCCUCUGCCGCUGCUGCUGGUGCCUCCACAGCCCGAGCCUUUACCGCCUGGGCCUCUGCCACAUGGGCCUCUGCUGCUGGCGCUGAUAACUCCUCACCCUGAGCCUCUACCGCCUGGGCCCUUGCCGCUGCCGCUUCCACCGCCAGAGCCUCUACCGCCUGGGCCUCUGCCGCUGGUGCCUCCGCCACCUGAGCGUCUUCCGUCUGGACCUCUGCCGCUAACGCUGGUGCCUCCGCCGCCUGAGCCUCUUCCGCCUGGGCCUCUGCCGCUGCCGCUGGUGCCUUCGCCACCAGAGCCUCUACCGCCUGGGCCUCUAGUGGUGCCGAUGUUGCCUCUGCCGCCAGAUCCUCUCCCGCCCGGGCCUCUGCCACUGCCGCUGGUGCCUCCACAGCCUGAUUCCCUACCACCUGGGCCUCUACCACUGCCACUGGUGCCUCCGCCAUCAGAGACUCUACCGCCUGAUGCUCUGGUGCUGGUGCCUCCAGUUCCAGAGUCUCUACCGCCUGGGCCUCUACCGCCUCAGCCAAUGCUGCCUGCGCCAUUGCUCCUGCCGCUGGUGCCUCAGUUUCCCGAAUCAGUACCACCUGAGCCUAUGCUGCUGGUGCCUCCACCACCGGAGCCUCUUCCGUCUGGGCCUCUACCGCUGCCGCUGGUGCCUCCGCAGCCCAAGCCACUACCGCCUGGGCCUCUACCGGUGCUGCUGGUGCCUCCGCAGCCCGAGCCUCUACCGCCUGGGCCUCUGCCACUGCCGCUGGUGGCUCUGCAGCCCGAACCCCUACUGCCUGGGCCUCUGCCACAUGGGCCUCUGCUGCUGGCUCUGGUAACUCCUCACGCUGAGCCUCUACCGCCUGGGCCCUUGCCGCUGCCGCUUCCACCGCCAGAGCCUCUACGGCCUGGGCCUCUGCCGCUGGUGCCUCCGCCGCCAGAGCCUCUACCGUCUGGUCCUCUGCCGCUGCCACUGCUGUCUCCGCAGCCUAAGCCUCCACCGCCAGAGCCUCUGCCACCUGGGUCUCGGUAGCUGCUGCUGGUGCCUCCACAGCCCGAGCCUUUACCGCCUGGGCCUCUGCUACAUGGGCCUCUGCUGCUGGCGCUGGUAACUCCUCACCCUGAGCCUCUAUUUUUUUUUUUAAUAACAUAUUUGUUGAAAUUUUCAAGAAAUCCAAGAAAAAAGAAAAAGAAAAAAGAAAA